CCGCCGAAGAAGAAGCCAUCCCGGAGGCGAAGGUGGGGUGGGGGGCUUCCUUUGGGAUCCCCGUUGUGCUGGUUUCUCCCGCGCGGUGUUUGUCGGCCAGGUCGGGGGCCCCUGGAAGGCUGGCCCUUCCUUCCCUCCGGGGUCUGACGCCGUGCAGGCGCCGCCGCAGAGGAGCUGCUGGGGGAGAAAACAAGCCCGCCGCCUAAAGGUUCACACCGGCCUCCUCGUCGCCGUUUCUUGCAGGAUUUCGGGUCCGGCUGUGUUGUUUCCCUAGAGAGGAGCCGCCCCCCCCAUCCCGUCCCACUGAAGUCUGCCAUCCUGCAGGCGGGGUUCCUUGGGGCUGCGUUACUUCUGAGUAGACCACCUCCCUCGGAUUGCACAGUCCAGAGGGACAAGUCAAGACAGAAACAUGAUGAAGGAGGAAGAUCCUGGGGAUCCACCCAAAGGCUUGCAAGAUCACUGGGAAGCCCAAAGCCGCGAGAUCCUGGAGACUCCGGAGCCCAUUCACCCAGGAGAGGAGAGCCCGACAGCAUCGGACUCAGACCCAUGGGAUGACCCCAAGGCCUUCUUGGCUUCUUUUGAGCGAGUGGCCAAAGCCUGCCAGUGGCCCAGGGAAGAAUGGGUAGCCCAGCUCCUCCCAGCCCUGAGUGGAAUAGCUGAAGAGGCCUUUGAAACCCUGAAACCUGCAGACAGGGAGGACUAUGAGAAAGUGAAGGCCACCAUCAUGGAUGCACAUGCCAUGAAAAUGCAGAUGCAGUUUGGGUAUUUCUCUAGCCAGGAGGCUGAAGACCCCCGGACCUUUCAUUGCCAACUCCAAGAACUUUGGCACCGGUGGUUGAAGCCGGAGAGACGCAGCAAGGAGCAGAUCCUGGAGCAGUUCCUGGCCAGCCUGCCCUUGCAUCUCCAGAACUGGAUCCGAGCAGAAGGGCAGGACACAUGUUCUCAGGCGGUGGCCCUGGCGGAGGACUUCCUCGUGAGCCAGCAGAUCGCUCAGAGGAGGAAGUGGCAGAGGCCGAUAAAAGAAGAGUGUUUGGAUUCCCUAGAGAGAGAGGAAGAGGACCUUUCAAAUGCUGGUCGGACGCAGGCUUACAAAGUGGCUGAGCAAAGCAGUGAUUUCCUUGGGAAGGGAAGCCGAGUGAAGACAGAAAAUACUCAGUGGGGAAAAAAUGAAACAGAGGACAUCCCCAGGACAUCACUACAGAUAAGCCAAAGGAAUGUGCGCGAGAGAACUGAGAGGUGUGAGGAAAGAGGUGAAUCUGUAGAGGAAGAAGAGAAGCAGUCGGUCACGAGAGGGGAUGGAAGCCUGCAGCCUUCUAAAGUAGACUCAAAGGGAGAGACGUUGUGGUUCUCCAAGCACAGUAGAAGCUACCACUGUACGUUACAACUUGAUGUGUUUGAUUCCCAGGAGGACCACGAUGAAUGUGCCAACCCUGAAGAGGACGUCCGGGUCAAUUCAUACCCUAAGAAACAACAGCGAACAGUAAAAGGCAAAAGUAAAUCUGAAUUCUCUGAGGAUGGGCCAGGAGUUAAUCAGAUUCGCCAGACAGAAGAAAAAUCUGCCAGUUCUGAGCGGGGAAACCGGUUGAGUUCCACAGAAUCCCUUCAGAGAAACGAAGGUUUGGGAAGUGGGGAGGGACCAUUUGAAUGUCCCCACUGUAGGAAAUGCUUCAGUGAGAAAGAACAUUUGGCAAAUCACGAGCAACUUCAUAUUGGAAAGAAGAUUCCAGAAGGUCCCAUGUCUGGGAAAGUCUUUCCUUUGAGGCAAACGAUAAUGAGACUACCGGGAAUUAAUACAGGAGAAAAAACGGACAAAUGUUCUCAGUGUGGAAAAUGGUUCUGUGGGAGAGAAAACUUGAAAAGGCACCAGAGGAUUCAUACUGGAGAGAGACGGUAUAAAUGCCCUGACUGUGGAAAAAGCUGCAGUCAGAGCGGCCAUUUAAAGCUCCACCAGAGAGUUCAUACUGGAGAGAAGCCGUACAAAUGUGCUUGGUGUGGGAAAGACUUUGCUGAUGGAGGGAAUUUGAGGAAACAUGAGAGAAUUCAUACUGGAGAGAAACCCUACAAAUGCUCCUGGUGUGGGAGAUGCUUCACCGACGGAGGAACUCUGAAGCAAAGCUGCAGUCAGAGCGGCCAUUUAAAGCUCCACCAGAGAGUUCAUACUGGAGAGAAGCCGUACAAAUGUGCUUGGUGUGGGAAAGACUUUGCUGAUGGAGGGAAUUUGAGGAAACAUGAGAGAAUUCAUACUGGAGAGAAACCCUACAAAUGCUCCUGGUGUGGGAGAUGCUUCACUGACGGAGGAACUCUGAAGCAACACGAGAGAAUUCAUACCGGAGAGAAACCGUACAAAUGUUCCCAGUGUGGGAAAUGUUUCAGUGAAAGAGGAACUUUGAAGCAGCAUCACAGGAUUCAUACUGGAGAGAAACCCUAUGAAUGUCCUGACUGUGAUAAAAAAUUCAGAAAGAAAGGAGAUUUGUUGAGGCAUCAGAGAGUGCAUACACAGGAGAAAUAAUAAUUAAAAAAGGUAUCAAUAUGAGAAAUGUUUCAGUGGGGGGAGAGGCUUGAAAAAAAGAGAAUUAACACUGACUAUAUGAAGGUUCUCAGUGCAAGAAAACCUUCUGCCGGAGCAGAAAAAUGGAGGAAUUAAAAAAAAAUGAACAGAUUCAUCCAUCAGUUAAGUUUGAUUUUAAAAAUGUGAAAUGAUUAUGCUCUGGAGAAUUUCUUCUGGCAGUAUCCAGCGUGGUGGGCAGAGAUGCAUGGGGAAGGGUUUCUACUCCAUAACUUGCCUUCCGUGUACAUAUGAAUAGGGAGAUAAGAAGGUAAUCAGGUACUGGAAUCUUCCAACAGAGAGAAGAUUUUACUGGACUUCAAAGCAGCCCAGGAGGAGAAAACACUGAAGAUGGUGAAUUGAUGAGAUUCCUUCCAUUUCUUCCCUCCUACCUCAGUUGGAAUUAAGAACUGGCAAACCCACCUCCAUUGGGACCAGAAUGUUGUUAAAAGUACAGUGGUGCCUCGCAUAACGAGUGCACCGUUUAAUGAUGAAUCUGCAUAGUGAUGCGGAUUU